AUGGCCCUUUCGAACGACGACGGCUGCAGCUCACAAGGUUGGGCACAUCUGCAGUUCGAUCUGUUGGACAGAAUUGACGAAAUCUUCAAGGGAGGGAAGUGGGAGGCGCAACCCCAACAGGAAGGAGAGGGUGGCACCACCACAUCCUGGUUUCCAAGAGUUGCCCAUUUGGUAAACGGUCACUGGUCCAAGUGGGCGUCAGGAGGCGUCAGGCAGCUGCGUCCUCCUGAGCAUGUGACCCUGCAGGACGUACUGGUGGUUGUAGACAAGCGCUUUAUGAAUGUGAAGGAGUUGGUGCUCUCGAAUUGCUCGGGGGUGGAUGACGCAGCGCUCACCAUGCUGGGAGCAAAUUCGACGAUUUGCACUGUCGACCUGACGCGAUGUCACGAGUUCACAGCCAGGGGCAUACAAGCCCUGGCAGCAUCAGGCACACUGCGGGGACUCAAUAUUAGUACGUACGGGCUGGCGGGCGGCGAAACGCUGAGGUCCUUGGCCAAUUGCUUGUCCCUGCAGCACCUUGACAUGAGUUUCAUAACGGAUGAAAAGUUGAAGUUGCUUGCAAAUCUGACAGGUCUGCGAUCCUUGAAAAUACACAGUUGUGCGGAUGUGACUGAUGCGGGAAUGACCUCGCUGGCAUGCAUGGUGGGGCUGCGGCACCUGCACCUGCGUGUCUGUCCGAGUAUUUUUGCUGGCAAGGAGCAGAGGGUGGCACAGCAUCUGACUAUGCUUCGUCGGCUGGACUUGAUUUGGUGUGGGAUAACGGACAAGGGGAUGAGGGCACUGGGGUGCCUGACAGGCCUCCAGCAUCUGAACUUGAGUUGGUGCAGGAGACUCACAGAUGAGGGGAUGAAAUCACUGGCAGGUCUGUCUGCACUUCAGUCACUAAUCUUGAGGAGCUGCAAGGGGAUUGGGGACAAUGGGGUGAGGUCAAUAGCGCAUCUGACAACUCUGCAGUGCCUCAACUUGGGCUGGUGUGAUGGCCUGACGGACAAAGGGGUGGGAGCGUUGACAGGCCUGACAGCGCUCGAACGCCUUGACUUGUAUGGCUGCAAGGGAAUCGCAAACGAGGCGAUGAAGUCAGUGGCAGGUUUAAAGGAACUGCAUCACCUGGACUUAGGCUGGUGUGGAGGUGUCACAGAUGAAGGGUUGGUGUCACUGGAGGGCGUGACAUCGCUGCAUCAUCUGUGCUUGAAGGAAUGUCGGGGCAUCACAGACAAGGGGAUGAAAUCUUUGGCAAAACUGAAGGGGCUGCACCAUCUUGACCUGAGCGAGUGCCAAGGGAUUACGGAUGUGGGAAUUCAAGCUCUCGUAAGCCUGACUGGGCUGUGUGCUCUUGACCUGAACGACUGCCAGGGAAUCACAAAUCAAGCUAUAAAGUCGCUGGCCAUCCUGACAGCUUUGCGUCAUCUCAAUUUGCGUUGGUGCCAGGGGGUGACGAUUGAGGCCACGAAACCAUUGGCAGAUCUGACACAUCUGAUCAGCCAUUUUGUAGAGUCUUCACUACCUUACUGA